UAUUGGCGUCAUCGAAGGAAUGGUCUUGUAAUAAUAGCCUAGUGUAUGAGUUUUCCCAACCAAUAUUACGGUCACUAGCAAAUUUCUUAAAGAUAUUUUGAAAUUAGUAGUUUUUUUCUCUUAAAGUUUUGUCAAUGGGAUAGUGGAAAUGGUAACUUCACAUAAUUUAUAUCAUAUCUCAAGCUUCUCUCUAACUAAUUACCAACAGAAAACUCGGCUUAUUUAUCUUCGUCCUUAAAUAAUUAAAGCCUUGCAUCAUAUCUCAAGGCUUACUUGCCUUUCAAGUCAUCUUUCCAAAUAAAAACUAAUUUCCUAAACCCAUUAAAAAUGGUUGCCUUCCUUUAAAGCUCAUAUCACCCAUUUACCAACAACCUCCAAAGCUUUUCUUCAUCUUUCGAUGAACACCACCAAUACCGGAACAGUUAAUAAUGUCGAAUUCUCCAUCCAAAACCUGAUCAAGAGUUGGUGCAGACGACGGAAAUGGAGGCAACUCUGCAUCUUCUCUCCAAAACAACAACAAGAAGAACUCAUCUCCAUCAAACAAAAAUGGAGAAUCACUUUAUUAGAGUUCCUAGAGUCAUACCAAGUUCACCUUUUCACCAUCUUCUUGCUCUCUCUCGACAUCAUCUUAACGUCCCUCGAAUUAUCUUCUUCUCUGCUCUCCUGCACAUCAGUCAAGAAAAAUGAAACCGAGAUUGAAUGGUUCCGUUGGGGAGGAACCGCGAUUCUGAGCAUUCUCGCUGUUAAAUCCAUGGCUCUGGCUGUUGCUAUGGGUAAAUCGUUCUUCAUACAACCUGGUUGUGUAAUGGAUGGUGCACUUGCGAUUGUAGCUCUGAUUCUCCAGGUGCUUCUUGAGAAGAAAGGAACCGGGUUCAUCGUGGUGGUAAGCUUGUGGCGGGUUCUGAGGGUUGUAGAGACUGCGUUUGAGCUUAGUGAUGAAGCCAUUGAAGUAAAGAUAGAUGGAAUCAUCAGCCAGUUUCAAGCUCUUAGUAAAGAGAAUAGAACAUUGCUAGAGACUCUUGCAGAGAAAGAUGAAGUAAUUAAGAUGCUAGAGGAAGAGCUAAACCGAUUAAAAGAAAAUGGCGAUAUUCCAUUUGUGACAAACUAUAGGGAGGCUAUAUAAACUCAAUAUGCAAAU